AUGUCAACCUUGGAAGAAUUGGAAAACAACCAUGAUGACUUUUUCGACCAGGAGAUUUUGAACUCGGCCACUUCCGACAUCAUCAACCGUACCAAACUAUUGGAUAACGACAUCAAGGUGAUGAGACUGGAGUCACAGCGUUUAACCCACGAGAAGACGGUGAUGUUAGAGCGUAUCAAGGACAACCAGGAAAAGAUCAACAAUAAUAAACAGUUGCCUUAUUUGGUUGGUAACGUUGUAGAGUUACUUGAUCUUGAUGCUGAAAAGGAAGCCUCGGAACAAGGAGCUAAUGUAGACUUAGACGCUGCCAGAUCUGGCAAGUCUGCCGUGAUCAAAACUUCUACGAGACAGACCAUCUUCUUGCCGUUGAUUGGCCUCGUAGAUCCAGCCAAAUUGAAGCCCAAUGACUUAAUUGGUGUCAACAAGGACUCGUACUUGAUAUUGGAUACGUUGCCCUCGGAAUACGACUCACGUGUCAAGGCCAUGGAAGUGGAUGAGAAACCCACGGAAGACUAUUCAGACAUUGGUGGGUUGGAUAAACAGAUCGAAGAGCUCAUUGAAGCCGUAGUUCUCCCCAUGAAACAGGCAGAGAAGUUCACCAACCUCGGAAUUAAACCACCGAAGGGUGCCCUUAUGUAUGGACCACCAGGUACGGGGAAGACGUUGUUGGCCAGAGCAUGUGCUGCCCAAUCUGGGGCUACUUUCUUGAAGUUGGCAGCUCCCCAGUUGGUUCAAAUGUUCAUUGGUGAUGGUGCCAAGUUGGUUCGUGAUGCCUUUGCCUUGGCCAAAGAGAAGGCUCCUACGAUCAUAUUUAUCGACGAAUUAGACGCUAUCGGAACAAAGAGAUUCGAUUCUGAUAAAAGUGGAGACAGAGAAGUCCAGAGAACCAUGUUGGAGUUAUUGAACCAGUUGGAUGGGUUCGAUUCUGAUGAUAGAGUCAAGGUGUUGGCUGCAACGAAUCGUGUAGAUACCUUAGAUCCCGCUCUUUUGAGAUCGGGAAGAUUGGACAGAAAGAUUGAAUUUCCUUUACCUUCAGAAGAAGCCAGAGAGUCAGUUCUAAAGAUCCAUGCCAGAAAGUUGAACUGCGACAACAACUCAGUCAACUGGAGAGAAUUGGCCAGGUCCACUGACGAAUUCAACGGAGCGCAAUUGAAGGCUGUCACUGUCGAAGCAGGUAUGAUUGCAUUGAGAAACGGCAAGUCUAUAAUAAAGCACGAAGACUUUGUUGAGGCUAUCGGCGAAGUCCAGGCCAGAAAGUCGAAAUCGGUCAACUUCUACGCCUGA